CACUUUGGCUGCUGCAUGACAAGUACUAAAGUGUCAGAGAAACGGCCCCUCUCUUUCUCUGUUUUCUAAUGAAUAAAGGCAAACGCUCCCUCCAUUAAGUUUCACAAUUCUUAGUUAACUGCACAUUUUCUCUUCUCUAAUGGCUUCCAUCACCAAAGAAUUAGCCUUCAAGGGCUUUCCUUUCAUCAGAAUCUACCAAGAUGGAAAAGUUGAACGCCUCAUAGAGUCUCCACAUGUGCCCCCAUCUGAUCAAGACCCAGAAACUGGUGUCUCCUCCAAAGACAUCACAAUCUCGCACAACCCCAGCAUCUCAGCUCGCCUUUACCUCCCAAAUCUCCCUCAAAACCAAACCCAAAAGCUCCCUAUCUUGGUUUACUUCCAUGGUGGAGCAUUUUGCAUUGAGUCAGCCUUCUCACUCCAUGCCCAUUGUUUUCUCAACCGCUUGGUCUCAGAAGCCCAAGUUGCAGCUGUCUCUGUUGAGUACAGGCUUGCCCCAGAAAACCCACUUCCUCUUGCUUAUGAAGAUUCCUGGGCUACUCUUCAAUGGGUUGCUUCUCACUCAAACAACCAAGAAUUAGAUGGCAAAAAAGACCCAUGGCUAGCCAAAUUUGGAGAUUUUGACAGAUUGUACAUUGGUGGUGAUAGUGCAGGUGGCAAUAUUGCACAUAAUUUGGCUAUGAAGGCAGGACUGGAGAGAUUGUGUGGUGGAGUGAAAGUUUUGGGUGCAUUUCUGUCCCACCCUUAUUUUUGGGGAUCCAAGCCAAUUCGGUCAGAGCCUAAAGGAGAAGACUUUGAGAAGACUCUGGAGUAUAAAGCUUGGGACGUUGUUUAUCCAUCAGCUCCUGGAGGGAUUGAUAAUCCAAUGGUGAAUCCAGCGGGUGAGGGUGCACCGAGCCUGGCUGGACUCGGGUGCUCUAAGCUGCUUAUGUGUGUUGCAGGCAAGGAUCAGCUGAGGGAUCGAGGGGUUUGGUAUUGUGAUUUGGUGAGGGAAAGUGGGUGGAAAGGAGAAGUGGAGCUGUUUGAAGUGGAAGGAGAGGAACAUUGCUUUCAUCUCGGGAGUGAGACUGAGACAGAGAAUGUUAAGAAACUGCUCAAACGCUUGGCUUCUUUUCUUGUCUAGUAUUAUCAUGCUGGUUUGCUCAUGUGUUUAACUGUUGACAUCUGCUUUGAUCUGUAUCUUUGGUGUUUAAAAUAAAAUAAAUAAACUUGUUUUGCUAUGA